AUGAAUAGAAGCUGCAUUGCAUGUUCCGAAUCAAAGCUUCGAUGUGACCUUAACAAAACGGCCCCGCCGUGUUCUCGAUGCCUGCAAAGGGGGUGGACUUGUGUGAGGGCGGAGCGCAAGAAGCGCGCGCGAAGAACUAGGGGGAUUACUUCCCCUCCAUCACCGCAAACCGGAAGUGAGGAUGGGCCGUACAAGGCCUCGGACAUACCAGUAUUUGAUGAACAAUCUGUCGACUUGUCAUUCCUCGACAGUUGCUCACCGGACGAAGUCGAUUUUCUAGCUCAGUUAGCCGACCUUGAAAAUUGCGUCGAUAUGAGCUCCUUCGGCUGGACACCGCAAGAAAAUGUCUCCGUGGUCAGUGACCACGGCCUGCCCCAACCUAGCACCGGUGCAUCGACAUUUGAUAUGCGUGUCCCGGAGAUCGCCAUGAAUGUGGGGUAUCUAUGCCCGGACAACUUUCGACUUCCUGCCGACUAUGUCCUGGAACUAGAAGGUCCGGGUACCGUGCCCGUAUAUCGAUUGGAAACAUAUGCGAGGCUGUUUUUUGCCAAUUUCCACCCUUUCUUUCCUAUACUGCACAUUCCCACUUUCUGCUUGGCCUCGUCUCCCGCUGUGCUUGUCAGAGCGGUCUGCUUCAUAGGCGCUGGGUUUGAAAACAGCACAACGUCGAAAUCGGAUGCGAAGCUUCUUCAUGGGUCUUUAUCAACUCUGCUUGCCAAAUGCUGCCUUCAUUACGACAAAAUGUCCCCCAACCUCGAGGAGCUUCAAGCAAUAGUGCUUUUCCAGUUAGCGAGUAUGGCAAACGGGGAAAGUGCAGCGGAACGGGCUGCGUCGCGGCUCCUGCAUCCACUUCUUGUCUCUGUCAUACGACAAGCAGGGCUCCUCAAAAUCCAUGGCGAGUGCUCAAAAGCUACACGGAAUGCACAUGUAUGGCAAUCAUGGAUUGAAAAGGAGUCUAAGAAGAGAGUUCUUUGGGGCGUGUUCACAGUGGAUUGCUAUCAAUCCAUCCUAUGUGGCAGUAAGCCACUUCUUCUACCAACAGAUACACGCGCUUCUUUUCCCUGUGAUUAUCCAAGCUGGAAUGCAUGUUCCGCCUCGUUGUGGGCUGCAAUGCCAGCGCAAGAUCCAUCGAGCUGUUUCUUGUCCUCUGUAAAGGGGCUCAUGGUCAGGCAGGCUCCGUCAGAGUCAAAUCUAACUAAAUUCGGCUUGAAUCUGUUGAUUUUGGCAAUUCACUCACUGCUGCUGGAAGCUCAAACAUCAAUACUUCCUGUGGAUCUUUCCGCCCUAGAGGGAGCAUUGCAUACAUGGCAUAUGUCGUGGGAGCAGUUUCGAAGACGAUCCCAGCAUCAGUACGAAUUGAGUGCAGGAAAUAUUCUUAUCGCAAAUAGCCUCUCAUUGUACUAUCUGGCAUUCCACUUCUUGAGAAAUGGGCGCCCGGUACUAAAUGAGAGAGCGUAUCUGGAGAAGUCUAGGGUUUCAGGUAAUCCGUUCAUAAUCAGAGAACAGGAAUAUCAGGAUGAAAUGACGAGACGUGUUCGAGAAAUGCUUGUUGAGUUUCAGGGGGGAGAGAAUGCAAUGGCAAUGCUUUUAUAG